CGCACUGUCGGAGCGCUAUCAGCACUGGCGCAUGCUAUCAGCGGUGUGCUGAUAUCAGCGCUAUCAGCGGUGUGCUGAUAUCAGCGCUAUCAGCAGCGCUGUCGGUGUCUGUCAGGACCCGUCCACCCGGACUGGGAACGACAACGGCAUCGGUGAGGACCAGGGAAACAGGGACCAGAAGGUCAGAGGACUGGAGGACUGGAGGACUGGUAGACCAGAGGACCAGUGGAUAAAGUGACCACAAGAGGAUCGGAGGAUCAGUGGAUCUUGGAACCAGAGGACUGGGUGACCAGAGGACAGCUGGACCAGAAGACCAGAAGACCACCAGGGGACCAGAGGAUCGGUUCAUCGGUGGACAGUUCGACCAACAAAGGGUGAACCGACUUAUCGGCGGACCAACGGACCAAAGGAAGGACUCGAGGACGGACGGAUCAACGUACCAAAGAGCAAACGGUCAACCAGAUCAACAGAUCAAGGACGGACGGACGGACGGACGGACGGACGGACGGACGGGCGGGCGGACGGACGGACGUUUGAACUGAAACCUGCUGCGAUAGUCAUCCUCUGCCGAGCCGGCAAUAUUCCAGAUAUGCGUGCCGUUGCAAGUUUGUGUCCAUGGGCGCUCUCGCUGAUAUUCGUGACGUCAUGUGUGGUGGUGACGUCACUGGAGGCCGCCGAGCCGUCUGAGGCGGCGUCUGCUCCGUACAGACACGCCGCCGACCACGCCCUGGUGCAGGCUGCGGGCGUCGAGACCGGGCACUACGCAGAGCUGCUGGUCACAAACGACACACCGCUCGCUGUGAAGCCCAGGAGGGACCUCUACUCUGGGAGUGAGGACGCCCAGUCCUCCGACACACCUGACAGUGGGAAGCUCCCUCUCCCCGGCGAUAGUGCUGAACAGUCGCCUCCUUCUGAUGGAGCUACCAACACUGCUUCCACCAGCCGAUCACCAGCCGUGACAGAAACCGAAUCGUCCGACGAAGACGCUGUAGAUCCGCGAAAUGUAUCUUCUGAGGCGUCCUCAGAUGUUCCUGAGACACUCCCGGAGAAUCAGACUCCUUCUGAGAAAACCCAGCCAGCAGAGCCUGAUGACAACACGACAUCAGUGGACGCCACAUCCACCCUACCAGUUCUAGAGGAGGUAGAACAAGAUGACGUAGAAUCGCCUAUCGAGCCAGAAGACGCACCAAAAGCAAAAGGAAAAGCUGCCUCCCCUCUAGUGACCUCCCCUGGUAAUUCUGCAGUGGACUUGCCCAAAGUCACCUCACUGACUUCAAGCCGAGACGACUCCGCGGUUGCGGACUCGUCCUCACCACCGCAAGAGGCCUCCCCUCCAGAGAGCCCCGCAGUGGACUCGUCCGAGCGAACAGCACCAAAUAUCCCUACUCCUGACACAGUCGCUGAAGAAAAGGAAGGGAGUGUCCCGACAGAACCGCACGACAGCACAUCCGACGAAACAGACGUCAACAACAACAACAACAACAAAAACAAAAACAACAACAACAACAACAACAACAACAACAACAACAACAACAACUUAAACGACAACGAUGACAGCAGCGAAAACAGAAAUGACAAGAGCAACGAAAACAACAACAGUGACAACGCUGAUCAUAAUGAAAACAGCAGCAACGAACCCGACGCCAUCGCCGACAAGAAGAUCACCAAGGAGGGCGCCGCGGGCGGGGACGACUCCGCCGACAAGAAGAUCACCAAGGAGGGCGCCGCGGGCGGGGACGACUCCGCCGCUGCCACGAGCAGCUCGGCGGAGGACCCGGGUGACUCGGCGGAGGACCCGGGUGACUCGGGGGAGGACUCGGGUGACUCGGCGGAGGACUCUGGUGCCGAGCGGCGGACUCCGGCGGACUCCGCCCCGGGAGUCGGCCGGAGUCCGGCUCGGACGGUGAACGGCACGGUGCUGGAGGCGGGGCCCGGCCCGUGGGACUCGCCGGCCGAUCGAGCCCGGAGGAGAAACGUCACGACGUUCGCGCUCGUCAUGUGCGGGAUCGUCGGGGCGACGUUCGUCAUCCUUGUCGGAAUGUGGAUUAACAGAAUGAG